AGUACUGACUGUAUCUCCACAGAGCUGGCUGACUGAAGGAGACUCAGUGACUCUCAGCUGUGAGGUUACAGACUCCUCUACAGACUGGACAUUCAGCUGGUACAGACAGGUUCCCUACAGAGAUGGCCUACUUCAAUUAAAAAAUAAUCAUAGCUAUGUGGAGCUCCUCUCAGACAGCAGCAGAGGAUCUGGAGGCAACUACACUCUCAGUCCUGCUGCUCUUAAUCACACAGGAGUUUAUAGGUGCAGAGGAGAGAGAGAACAAUUCUUUACAAAGUUCAGCAAACCACAGCCAGUAUGGAUCACUGGUGAGGAAAAUUAUCAACAGUGAUGUGUUGGAGUAUCAAAUAUAGGCGUACACUUGUGAAAAUAAAUGCAGCAUUGAUUUAAAAUAUAAUGGAGGAAUACACUCACCAGCUAUCUCAUUAGGUGCAACAGUUAAAUUGCUUGUUAACACAAAUAUCUCAUCAGCCAAUCACAUGGCAGUAACACAUUUCGGCAUGUAGACACGGUCAAGAUGAUCUGCUAAAGAAAGGAGAUUUGAGUGACUUUAAAUAUGGCCUGGUUGUUGGUGCCAGAUGGGCUGGUCUGAGUAUUUUUUAAAUUGUUUGUCUACUGGUAUUGUUAUGGACAACCAUCUCUAGGGUUUACAGAAAAGGUCUGAAAAAAAAAGAAAAUUUUAAGUGAUCAGCUACCUGGGCGAGAAUGUGCUGUUGAUGCCAAAGGUCAGAGGAGAAUGGCCAGGUAUACUGAACACACAACAUUGAAUAAUUGAAUAUUGUUACAAACCAGGUGGCACGGUGGUGUAGUGGUUAGCACUGUCGCCUUGCACCUCCAGGGUCUGGGUUCGAUUCCCGGCCAGGCUCGGUUCCCAUUUCUGUGUGCAUAGAGUUUGCAUGUUCUCCCUGUGCUUGGUGGGUUUCCUCUGGGUACUCCGGUUUCCUCCCACAUUCACAAAGACAUGUAGGUAAGGUUACUAACUGAUAAAUAAAAAUACAAACAUGAGUUGAAGUAGCAAAAAUUAAUAAACAAAUGUGCAAAGUAACACAAAACUGAUUUGAAAUAUAAUGAAGGAAUACAGUUACAUAACCUGUAAAAAUAUUCCCACUAGUCCGUGAUGGAUGUUUAAGGCAGUUGAAAAGCCCUAAGCACUGGUAGAGGAUUAUUUUCAUUUAUAUAUAAAUUUAAAUUGACCAUAAAAACACAAUCAUAAUAACACAUUAAUUAUUAUUAUUAUUAUUAUUAUUAUUAUUAUUAUUAUUAUAUAUUUUAUUUACAAGUGCAUUAUACGCAUAAUUAGAAUGUUGUGUGUUUAAGGUGAAUCUCCUCCAGUCUCUCUGAUCAUGAAUCCCAACAGAACUCAACACUUUACUGGUGACUCUCUCUCACUGAGCUGUGAGGACCAGAGUAACUCUACUGGAUGGACAGUGAGACGAUACACACACAGUGAGAGAGUGUCAGAUUGUACACAGUGGGGAUCAGUUACAGGAUCUACAUGUAAAAUCAGCCCCCUCUACCCAUCACACACUGGAGUUUACUGGUGUGAGUCUGAAUCUGGAGAAAACAGUAAUCCUGUCAACAUCACAUCAGUCCGUCUUUACAGGACCAUGAUGGAGUUCCGUCCACUCUCUGUGAUGCUCUUGCUGAUUUCACUUAUACCACUGACACCUGCUCAAGGAGCUACUUUAUUAACAGUAGGUUGUUUUAUAGGAAGUGCUAAAGCUGUGGUGACUAUAAAGCCUGAUAAACACGUGUACAGAGGAGAGAAUGUUACUCUCACAUGUGACAUACAGGGAGGAGGAGACACUGAGUGGACAUACAGCUGGUAUAAGGAUAACAACACUUUCCACAGUGAGAGAAAAAACAAAGUCUUUACCAACAGCACAAUAAAGUGGGCCACAAUUAGGUUUAUUAAUGAUUUUGACAGUGGUGACUACACCUGCAGAGGACAGAGACGUGACUCUCAGAGCUCAGAGAUCAGUGAUGCUGUUACACUGACUGUAUCAGAGAGACCAGAGGCAGUACUGAGUGUAUCUCCACAGAGCUGGCUGACUGAAGGAGACUCAGUGACUCUAAGCUGUGAGGUUACAGACUCCUCUACAGGCUGGACAUUCAGCUGGCACAUGCUCAUUCCCAUUAAACACAAUGAUACCAAUAAAAAGGAUAAAAAAGAACUAUUUUUCAACAACAGCAGAGGAUCUGGAGGCUCCUACACUCUCAGUCCUGUUGUUCUUAAUCACGCAGGAGUUUAUAGGUGCAAAGGAAAGAGAAAAGAACAACCCUUUCAAACUAAAUACAGCAAUCAACGGGCACUAUUGAUCACUGGUAAAUCUCCUCCAGUCUCUCUGAUCAUCAAUCCCAACAGAACUCAACACUUUACUAAUGACUCUCUCUCACUGAGCUGUGAGGACCAGUGUAACUCUACUGGAUGGACAGUGAGACGAUACAAACAGAAUAACACAGGAUCAAAUUGUUCACAGUGGGGAUCAGUUACAGGAUCUACAUGUGAAAUCAGCUCCCUCUCCACAUCCUACACUGGAGUUUACUGGUGUGAGUCUGAAUCUGGAGAAAACAGUAAUCCUGUCAACAUCACAGUGCAUGAUGGUAAUGUGAUCCUGGAGAGUCCUGUCCAUCCUGUGACUGAGGGACGUCCUCUGACUCUACGCUGUUUAUAUCGCAGCACAAAGACCUCAAACCCCCUAGCUGAUUUCUAUAAAGAUGGAUCAGUUCUCCAGAACCAGACUACAGGAGAGAUGAUCAUCCAUAAGGUCUCAAAGUCAAAUGAAGGUUUCUACCACUGUAAACACCCAGAGAGAGGAGAGUCACCGAAAAGCUGGGUCUCGGUCAGAGAAAAGCAUCAGAAACCCAAUCACACAUCAGAUCAGAAAUUGAGCCGGUCAGGAGCUGAAGACUCUCAGUCAGGACACACACCACUUCAUGCUGGUCAGACUCUGUUUUAA